UAUUACCCAUGAGAUUUCGAAUGUUGUGAAAACUGUGUGGUGAAGUUUGACGCGAAAAUGUAACAAAUAUUAUACAGUCUUAAUGCUUUGGUCGGCGUUUUGGCGUUGUUUUAAAGGGACUAAUCUCUUGUCAAUAGUCCAAUUGCAGAAACUCAGGUUUAUAAGCGGCAGCCCAAGGCUGUGCCAACCACAGAAAGUGACUGGUCGAAAUGACAGCUCAACUCGCUGGCUGCGAAGACACCUCGCUGAUCCUUAUGUCAAGAAAGCAUCAGAGGACAAUUAUCGAUGCCGUAGUGCCUACAAACUAAUCCAAUUGGAUGACAAGUAUCACUUUUUGCUGCCAGGACAUGUUGUAGUUAGUAUCGACUGUGGGGCAAGCCCAGGUUCCUGGACACAAGUUGCAGUUGAGAGGGUAAUCCCGAACAUAGGAGGAGAGCAGGGGCUUGUUGUCGCUAUUGAUUUACUUGACAUCAAGGCUAUUCCAGGGGCUGUUAUUAUGGGUAGAUGUGACUUUACCCACAAAGCUACUCAAACGAAAAUAUUAUCCUUACUUCCUUCUUUUGGUGUAAAUGUGAUUCUAAGUGACAUGGCUCCAAAUUCAAGUGGUAACCAUUCCCUUGAUCAUGAAGCUAUUCUUGACCUUUGUGAUUCAGCAUUUGAAUUUGGUCAGAAGACCUUAAAGCCUGGCGGAGUGUUCCUGUGCAAGCUCUGGGAUGGGCGUGGAACAGUAGAUUUUAUGCAGAUGCUCAAAAGAAGUUUCAAAUUGGUCAAGAAGUGUAAACCACAAGCCAGCAGAAAAGAUUCUCCAGAAAUAUAUAUUUAUGCUGCUGGGUUUAUCAAAUGACCAUCAUAGAAUCUAAACUAAAAAGUAAUUUAUAGUUCUAAAAAUUAAUUUGUAGAAAAUCAUAUCUUGGUUUAUUUUGUAUUUAUAUAUAAAGAUAUUUUUAGAACUGUCUUUUGAACAAUAUGAAGACUCUGUCAUCUCUAUGUGCCAGCAAACCUUCCUCCAUGGAAGACCAUGGAUCAGCAUAAUACAGGCUUCUAACAGAGGUAUAAAACACUGAAUGGAACGGGGGAGAGUGGCUGCUAUAGCGGACAACCCCGGGGGACUCUCCAGAAAGGUAGACAGGGGUGAUCACAUCUUUUACUGUCAAAUCCAUUGUAUUGCGACGCCACAUUUUCAAAACAUCAAUUUGUUUCUGUCUUUUGGGAUUUUCUGUUCCGCCAGUCAAAUUAUUCUAAGCCAAUCAGAUUCUUGCCAUCUCUCCCCUUGUGUAGUUGCCUAGCUUUCUGUCGCGACACUGGUUUUCGUCCAGAGGAUAGCCAGAGAAGUGCACAAAGUGAGACUCUGAUUUGACCAAUUGCUCUUCCUAAGGGGAUGUUUAACGUUUAUCUGUUUAAGGGUUUAAAAUUCCUUCGACCUCACCCAAUUUGCAAUCUCUUUGGGGUAAGAAGUUCUGUUGACCACGCCUAAAGUUUCCUUAGGGUAAAAUCGAUUUUGCCAAUGAUCACCCCCUUUUGUUUGUAUUGGAGUUCCCCCUCCCCGGGACAACACUGGAGGGGCUGAAGAUUAAAAAGAAUUAAAUAAAGGCAGCAUGAAAGAGAUUAUUUCCACCCCCCCCCCCCUUUCAAAUGAGUGAAUACUCAUUUGAGCUCCCUGGGGGAGCGAGAGUGAUUAUUUGAAGUGAAACAUCUUAACAUUUCUGAGGAGCUGUAUGUUUAUCCCGGGGGGACUUCAAGAAAAACAGACGGGGAUGCUCAACAGCAAAAUCAAUUUAUAUUUGGCUGACUGAUCCUGUAUUGUUAGGUUAUCGACAAUAAAGCUGGAAGUAUCAAAAGA